GAAGACCCAAUGUCCCUCUACUGGUACACUGUCUAACAUUUGGAUUCAAUUAAGAUUACAUUGUGCAGUAUGUUUAUCUAAUAAUGGAGUCAGUAUUCCGGAUCUUCUUACCUGUAUCUUCUAUUCUAUUCUUAAUGGAAACUGAGUCUACGGCAACGUCAGAGCCAAGAUGGGGCGGAAGGAGAUCGUCUGCAGUUGGAAGAAACCCAUAAAUAACAUCAAGGAUGUGUUUGACUUCAAGGGGAAGAUGGGAUCGGGGUCUUUUUCUGAGGUUUUUAUGGUGAGAGAGAAGAAAACCGGGAAAUUGUUUGCUCUGAAAUGCCUGAAGAAAAAGCACCUCGCUCACAGUAACCUGGAAAAUGAAAUCAACGUGCUGAAGAGGAUAAAACACGACAACGUGGUCGGACUGGAGGAUUUCUAUGAGAGUCGAACACACUAUUACCUGGUCAUGCAACUUGUGUCAGGUGGGGAGCUAUUUGAUCGCAUUUUAGAUAAGGGUGUUUUCACGGAGAAGGACGCCAGCACGGUGAUCAAACAGGUACUGGAGGCCGUCAGCUACCUGCAUGAAAACAGCAUCGUGCACCGGGACCUGAAGCCAGAAAACCUGCUGUACUAUAACACAGAUGAGAACGCAAAGAUCAUGGUCAGUGACUUUGGCCUGUCGAAGACAUUAGAGCACGGGGUGAUGUCCACAGCCUGUGGGACCCCAGGAUAUGUUGCUCCAGAGGUUUUGGCCCAAAAACCUUAUAGCAAAGCAGUCGACUGUUGGUCCAUUGGAGUUGUUACUUAUAUCUUGUUGUGCGGCUACCCUCCAUUCUUUGAGGAGAACGAGACGCGUCUGUUUUCAAAGAUCAUGAGAGCUGAGUACGCCUUUCACUCUCCCUUCUGGGAUGACAUCUCGCAGUCAGCAAUAGACUUCAUUAGGAAUAUGAUGGAGAAAAAUCCCACUAAACGCUUCACUACCGAACAGGCCCUCCAGCACCCCUGGAUUGCUGGAGACACAGCUAAAGACCAAGACAUUUAUCAGUCUGUCUGUGAGCAGAUAGAACGGAACUUUGCCAAAUCGAAAUGGAAGCAAGCCUUCAAUGCAAGUACAGCCAUCAACCUCAUGAAGAAAGGGCAGGUGUCCCAGAGGGAGCCCUCUUCUGCCACUCUCUCACUGCCCCACAUCAUUUUACACACCUCCUCUCAGGCUGACCUGGAAGCACUGGGACCUUGCCAUGAUGUGGAUCAGUCCCUGGACCCCAAUGGAAAUCCCUUCCAUGCUUCCAGGCUUGUUACUUGUGGUUCUGAGCCCAGCAGGAGCAUCUGCCCACCGCUCAGAGGCCAUCAAAGCGAGCGUGACUAUGCACUUGAGGAACCCGGAGAAGUCCACUCCCUGGACUCUGACAAUGGCGUCUCUUUCAUGUCCUCCAAAAGCAUGGAUGCUGUGGCUCAGAGGAAGGACGGGUCUCUGCAGUCUGGUGUCUGCUCCGUCAUGUGAUGCGGUCAGAUAACCCGAGGAUCAUCCCACUGGCAUCCUCGCUUUGAAGAGGUCAGCACGUCUGCUCAGCAAACAUUUCCUCAAGAGAGAGUUUCACCGGAAUGGAUCCAAACAGCAGUCAACUCUCUUUCCCGUGCUUAAGUAAAGUCUGUGCAGUCGUCCCUCGCUGCAUCGCGGCUCCAACAUCAGUCCCUCACUGUAUUGUGGUUUUUCAAAAAUGUAUCAAUUCAUAAAAUGAUCGCUGAAAGACAAGUUAUAUGUAGUAUUCUGGUCACUAGGUGUCAGUAAUGUUACAUUGAUUAGACAUGACGUUAUAUUACAUCACCUUCACACUGCAUGGAGUCAGCCAUGGCAUGCCUGACGUGAGUGAAAAAUAGUUCUCCACUUUUGUGUGGAAGUGGUACAUUUUUGGCUUCUUACUUUUUCCUUCUUCCCCACUCCAUUUGAAAAUGUUGCACUGAGCCGACCGCUCUUUUUUAUGAUGUCAAGCCAAACCUUUUGGCUGCUUCUUCUUCGUUGGUGUCUGCGGCUAUUUGUGACGUGACCACAGAGUCUAGGAAUCGAAUUUUAAAAAAUUGUGGACGAUAGCGGGAGAAUCGCAAUGUUAGUCCCGGUUCCCAUCGAUGCUCGAGACUCGAUGCCCAAACCUAAUAAUGAGUGCUGUCCCAAAUCCAUUAUUGACGUUGCACACUUACCGUUUUCUUGCGUUCACUACUUUCCAUCGCUAUGGGUUUUCUGCAUUUUAAGAUACUUGAACGCACUUAAGUGUGCCAAAUGAGGCCCUCUGGAAAAGGUGGAACCCCUUUGAUUUCGAUGGUGUGUAAAUGUCGCUGGUUAGUUUAAUAAAGCUGAUGAGCGUCACCCGUUUAAAUGUCAACAACAUAUUUUUGUAUUCUAAAGGAUCCUGCUGACUAAAUCUGUAGGACUUGUACUACAUACAGUGGAUCCCCGCAUAUUUGCCAUUGCAGCAUCCUCAAAUUCACAGAUUUUUGGUCAAAAAAAUUCUUUAGAAAAGGUUUUUCUUGGAAAACUGGUCAUUUUUGUCACAGUUGUAUAGGAUACCUACAGCAUAACGCAUUACUGACGUGACAUAGGUGCAAGAUGGUGGCGCCCUGCGCGGCUACAGAAGCACCAGCUUCUACUGUCAACUUUGGGUGUGGAUCAUGCAGACGCGGCUUCGAGAAACGCCUUCUCCGCCAGCGACAGCUGCUUUGGAGGGAGAUGGAGGCGGCUCAACAAAAGAGCUCCAGCCUGACGAUCAGGCUGAAGGCUAGACCGUGACUCAUUUCACCUGUUAGCUUGUUAGCUUAAUUUUGUUACCAGUGAAAGGUGGCAAUUAAAGAGAGACUGGAAGGUUUCUGCAUCUGAAUGUAAUAAUUCCAACAGUCACUUUUACCGCAAAUGUUGAUCAGAAAUGGGAGGAGAACGUCAACGUCGUCAAGCUAGCAGGAGGGUUUUGGAGGGGCAGGAGCGAGCCGUGUGUCAAAAGCAGACAUUAUUAUGGGCGUCUCAAUUACUCACCGGUGGUCUUGCAACAUAACCCCACAAAUUGCGGGGAUUCCCUGUACUGUAAAUGAUGUCAUCAAUUAAACAAUUAAAGCUAACAUUGAAACAAUUGGGGGGAAUGGGAGUAAUGGGAGAUAGACUAGUGUACAGUUACCUGGUAAAAACAUGUGGCUUUGCUGUUUUGUAACAAUGUGUAUACGUACAUGUGACCUGCUCUUGUUGAAUAAGUGAUUUUGUCAAGUGCCACAAACCGAAUAAAGAUGCAGUCAACAGUAAAAAA